AUGUCCCGUACACCAACCGUCAUCAGCUCAGACCAUGGCUCGCUCAAGAAGGAAGCGACCGGUGCAGAUGGUCUCAAGCUCGAAGGUCUCCCGACGCAUAAGGUCUCAGACGCACUGUCUAGUCUCUCGUCGGCGAAGAAGAGCCUCUUGCUUCUCAUCUACAGUCUGGCUAUGUUCAUUGAUGCCGCCGGUGUCUCCGCUACCUUCCUUAUGACGGCUCCGAUCGCCGAGGAUCUGCACAUCAGCUUCGCCAACGAGGCAUGGGUUCUGGGUACUUACUCAAUGGUCUUCGCCGCCUGUCUCCUCUUUGCCGGCCGUCUCGCCGACCUCUACCCUCCCCACCGCGUCUUCACCUUCGGCUUCGCCGGCAUUUCCAUCACCUACCUCAUCAUCAGCUUCAUGACCAAUGAGAUCGCCUUCUACGUCUUGCGGUCCAUCAGCGCCCUCCUCGCGGUGCUCACCAUCCCCUCUGCCAUCAACAUGAUCGUUCAGAUGUACCCGGAUCCGGACGAGCAGGCAAAGAAGCUCGGUCUCUUUGGUAUGUCGGGCGCUUUGGCCAACACUAUCGCCCUCGUCCUCGCCGGUGUCUUCCUGCUGGCCGACUGGAGGUGGUACUUCCGCUUCAUCACCAUCUUGACUGCACCCUUUGCUGUCAUCGCUUGGUUCCUUAUGCCCAAAACGGAGGCGGUCGCAUCGGGUCUCGGCUCCUGGGACAAGAUCAAGCGGAUGGAUCUUCCCGGCGUAGGCAUCAUGGUCGCCUCCCUCAUCCUCUUCGUCUACGGCUUCACUCAGGCGCCCAUGAUCGGCUGGUCUUCCGCCCAAUUCAUCGCCCCCUUCAUCAUCUCGGUCGUCCUCGCAGCCGCAUUCAUCAUCUAUGAGCGCUUCCUCCCCGUCGGUUACUCCCUCCUUCCCCACGGCAUCUGGUCCUACCCCAACAUCUUUCCUCUCCUCCUCCAAGCCUCCGGGGUCUUCAUGUGGAUGGCCACGGUCCAGCUCCGCCUCGCCACCUACUUUCAGAUCGCCCUCAACGACUCGGCCAUCUUGGCGGCGGUCAAGCUUCUUCCUAUGGGCGUCACUGCUCUCGUCGUCGGCAUUCUCACCCAAGUCAUGCCAUGGCUCAUCACCCGUCCUCGCUACGUCCAGCCCAUCGCCUCGGUCUUCUGCUUCGUCGGCUCCAUGCUCUUUGCCUUCUCGGGCGGCGGUCACGGGUCCAAAUACUGGGCAUACAUCUUCACCGGAGAAGUCAUCGGUACGGCUGGCGCCAUGAUCAUCUUCAUCUCGAUGAACUCGAUGAUCAUCAUGUCCUUCCCCCUCGAGUCGGCCGGUAUCGGAGGCAGCUUCGCCAAUGUCAUCUUCCAGGUCGGCGGUGUCAUCGGUAUCGCGGUCCAGGCGGGUCUCAUCGCUACUGGCGACGGCACGGUGGAGGACUGGGUGGGAUCGAGGAACGGCUACUUCUUCACGUCGGGAUACAUCCUGGCGACAGGUCUCGUCUUUGUUCUCUGGUAUAGGCAGGAGAAGAUGCCGGUGAGGGAGGAUCCAGUAGUAGCGGUAUAG